GGCUCAGGCACACACUGCCCGCCGCUGUCUGUCCUGGAUGCUGGAGCUGGAGCUGGAGCUGGAGCAGACUGAGAGGAGGUUGUUAUUAACCGCUGCAUCCCUCCAUUACAACAUAUCUACAGCUAACAACGGUGACAGCUUGAACUAAGCAGCCAGAGGAGCUGUAGUUGUCGUGUACAGUAGUAGACAGUAACCGGUGGAGAGAGAUGGAGCGGUGGAAAGGCAGAGUGGCCCUGGUGACCGGAGCCUCGGUGGGCAUCGGAGCGGCUGUAGCCCGGGCACUGGUCCAGCAGGGCAUGAGGGUGGUCGGCUGUGCCAGGAAUGUCGACAAAAUAGAGAAGCUGUCAGCAGAAUGUCAGAGCGCCGGCUACAGCGGCACACUCAUCCCAUACAAGUGUGACCUGUCCAACGAGGAGGAGAUCCUGUCCAUGUUCUCAGCAAUCAAGACGCUACACAAGGGCGUAGACGUAUGCAUCAAUAAUGCCGGACUGGCCCACAAUGAGCCCUUGCUCAGCGGGAAGACGGAGGGCUGGAGGAACAUGAUCGACGUGAAUGUCUUAGCCUUGUCUAUCUGCACCCGUGAGGCGUACAAAUCAAUGAAGGAGAGGAAUGUGGACGAUGGCCACAUCAUCAAUAUUAACAGUAUGGGUGGGCAUCGAGUGGUGCCGAGUGCAGAUGAGCAUUUCUACUGUGCCACUAAAUACGCUGUGACUGCUUUGACUGAGGGGAUACGGCAAGAGCUUCGAGAAGCAAACACCCACAUCAGAGCCACAUGUAUAUCUCCUGGAAUAGUGGAGACUGAGUUUGCCUUCCGGCACCACAACAGUGAUCCAGAGAAAGCAGCUGCAGUGUAUGAGAGUAUGAAAUGUUUGAAAGCAGAAGACAUAGCCAGUGCAGUCACAUUUGUCCUCAGUGCCCCUCCUCAUGUCCAGAUUGGAGAUGUGCAGAUGAGGCCAGUAGAGCAGGUGUCCUAGCAGUGAAACAGGAAGCUGCAGGAGGAGCAAACAGACGGCAGCCACGGUGACUCCUUAGCGACCUCUGCUGGGCAAAGGGGAGGGGUGGGUUGGGGGGGUAAAAACAAAUCAACUACAGCUGUGUUGGAUCUGCAGGGACGUGGUCGAAGAGGGCUGGAGCAUUAAGGAGGCUGUGCGAACGGAAAUGAAGGGGCGUGUGGACUCUGUAAACCACUACAAAAAUACUACUGAAUGCAGCGACCUGGUAUUGGUGAAUCGUUGAGCCCGGUCCUGAACUGAGCCGACUCCAAAACUACAGUAGGAACAAAUAAGAAAGGAGCUGCUGCUGUGCUAUGUGGUCAUCUGCACGACCAUCACUUCAGAGGGAAGAGUAUGCCAUUGAUUGCACGUGUUUUGUUUUUGUAGGUCAUACGACAUAUCUUUUUUUGAAAUUAAAUGGAAAGAGUAAUUGCUGUUUAUAUAAUUUUUUUUAUAAAUAUCUUAACUUGAUCAUAGAUAGAUGUGGUCUCAUACUCACUAACCAUAGACAAUACUACCCAGUGUCACUAAACAUCAACAGGCUGUCCAUCCUGCCACCUUUACUCACAGUAUGUUCAUAUUCAUUUAACCCUUGUUUGGAUCUAUCCAGGUCUCAACCCCCAUGAUAAGGAAUCAGGAAACGCACAGGUGCCCUUGUCUGUUAAGCACAUGGGUUUCUACUAUUCACCUUUUUGCCUGUGUAUUUUCAGUUCUGCACUUUGGAUUCAUUCACGAGGAAUUGUAAGAAGGAAACACUGGCAACUUAUGUAGGGGGAAGAAACUAACUCUGUGUUCAUGUAUACCCUACAAAUGUGUACCUUUCAGUGGAAAUUUCUCCUUAAAUGAAUAAAUAAAACCAAUUGCCCAGAAGUAA